GCCUCGUCGAGGCCGUUGGGAUGGCGGCGAUGGACGCGGACUUGCAGCUCAAGAUGAGCAAGAAGAUCGCGCAGCUGACCAAAGUCAUCUUCCUCCUCAACACCAAGAACGAAGACGCAGCGUCCGAGCUCCAGGCCACGGCGGCGAGCCACCGGCGCGAAACCGAGGCCGUCGCGCGGGACGCAGCCGCCAAGAUGGCCAGCCUGAAAGAGUCGCUCGAAAAGAAAGAGGCGGCGCUCAAAGGCUCCGAGUCGCUCAAGAAGAUCAAGGACCGGCAUCGUGCCGAGAAGCAAGAGGCGCUCGCCCAGUUCCAAGCCUUCAAGGACGACGUCGCCAGGGCGUCCAAGGCAUCGGAGGACAGCUACAAGCGCGAGCUGCUGGCCAUGGCCGACGACGUCAAGAAGGUCCGCGCCGCCUUUCAUGAGCGCGUUGUGUCGCUCAAGGCGUCGCUCGACGCUGUCCAGGCCAAGGUGCACCACGGCAGCAAGGAAGCCGACGCGCUGCGCAAGAAGCACUCGGACGAAGUCGCCGACAUGGUGACAGCGUCCAACCAAAAGUACAACGACAUGCUUACGGCGCAGCUCAACCAACAAGAUGAGCUUCGUGCGCAGUGUCAGGAGCAGCUCCGCGCGAAGGACGAGGCGCACCAACAAGCGAUAGCGCAGAUGCAGGAGAAAACCGAGCUCGAGAUGCGCAUGGCGGUCAAGCGCCGCGAGCUCGAGUGCAACACGUCGGCGGACACGCUCAAGAACGAGAUGGUUUCCAAGAUGGAGCGGCUCUUGGCCGAGCUCGAGACGCUGCGCGGCAGUGAAUCGCAGCUUCGUUCAGACAAACAGGACCUUGCGACCCAACUCUCGGCGCUGAGAGCGUCGUCCAAGCAAGUCGAGAUCGAGUUUGCAGCGUUCAAGAAGGCCCAGCAAGGCCAGAGCGACAACACCGAGGUCGUACUGCAGACGCUCAAGACCCAGCUCGACGAGCGGGACAAGCAGAUGCGAUUGCUUCAAGAUGAAGUGCAACGCGCCCGCACCGCGCUCGAGGCGGCCGAGAUUGACCGCAAGGCGCUCGCCGCCAACCUCGACGCGGUGGCCAAGGCACGCGAUUCCAACCACAUCGAGCUCUCGGAAAAGGAGGCAACGUGGGCUCAAGAGUUGCGCGCCAAGGACGCCGAGCUUGCACAGCGCCUCGCAACACUCAAGGCGCACAAGUCGGAAGUCAAGAAGCUUCGAGAACUCAUCAAGACCAACGAUGCGCAUGCCAUCAAGGCCGAAGACGACGUCAAGAAGCAGUUGCUCUCAGCUCAGAAAAAGCUCACCGAGUUUCAAGGCAAAGAAACUGAGCUCAACGCUCGUGUGCAAGCGCUCAAGAUGGAGCUCGCGCAGCUGCAUGUCGCCUCCAAAGAGCGCUUGGACAAGGCCGUCACCGACGCAGAUGUGGCCCUGGCAGCAGCUAAGGCGCAAUUGGUAGCCGAGAGCGCCGCGGCACUUCGCGCGCUUGAAGCGCGCCUCGCACUCGAGCACCAAAAGCAGAUAACUGCGCUUACUCAAUCGGCGCAGCACGUGUCCGAGACGCAGAGAAACGACCUCGAGGCCAAAACGCGUGCACUCCAGGCCGAGCUCACCAAGAGCCAAAGCGCAGUGCAAGCCGCGCAGGACCAGCUCGCCGCAACAACACAUGAGCUCGCGGCGGCUAACAAGGAUCUCACGCGCUUCAAAGGCGAAGCCAAGCUGUUCGCCGAUCAGCUCAAGCUCGCCGAGACCACGUCCUCGAAAGAGGCCAAAGAAUUGAAACAAAAGCUCGGCCAGCUCGAAGGUCUGCGGGACCACGACGCCAAGGCGCAGCAAAAGGAGCGAGCCAAGUGCGAGGCGGCACAAGCCGAACUCGUCACCCUUAAAAAAAAGCUCGAGACGCUGACCAAGAACCACGACGAGGCGGCUGCCACCCUCCGUCAAACGCACCAAGCCCAGCUCGAUCAUCUCCGCGCCAACAUGCAAGCAUCGAUCGCCACAGCUGUCGAGGAAGCACAGCAGACGAUGCAGGUCCAUGUCGACGAGCAGCGCGGGUUUCUUCUUUCGAUGCAUGCCACCGACCUCGCCGCUGUCCAGUCUCAAAUCGACAUGUGGAAGCAAAAGGUCGUCGACCACGAAGCGUCCAACGCCUACGACCGCGCCGAGUUUCACAAGCUUCUGCAGGCCCAAGAUGAACAGUUUCGAGUGCAGAUAGCCGCGCUUGACGCCACCCAGCGCAGCGCCGUCCUGCAAUUCGGUGACGACCACGCCGCGGCCAUGGCAUCGCUACGCGAAGCACACGCAGCGCAGUUGGCUUCAAAGCAGCAAACAGCGGCAGAGGCGCUGGCGGCGCACCAAGCAGCGUCCGCCACGGCCUUGGCGCAAGCCCGCGAAAUGUUCGCAAGUGACAAACUGGCGCUGGAGAAGCACCUCGAACGCCGAUGUGCCGAAUACGACAAGCAGAUCCAAGACGAAGCGAGCUUUCACGCGCGGGAAGUUGCCCGUCAAGUGCACGUGGCCAAGCUCGAGAAGGAUCGAGAGCGCGAUACCCUCGUGCAAACCUUGAACGACCAGCACCAAACGGUCGUUGCGUCCAAAGACGAAGCCUUGGAAGCGAGCCAGCGUCUCGUCGCCAACCAAGCCGAUGCGAUUCGGAAGCUUCAGGACGAGCUCACGACGCAGCUGGCCGUUCUCGAGGUACCUACUGCGGUUGAACGUGGAGCAACAUGGGCGCGUAGCACAAGCAAGACGAGUGGAAGUGCACGCAAAAGCGCCUGGCCGCAGAGAAAACGCAGGAGCUCGAUGGUCUCGCGCGGCAGCACAAGACGGAGCUCGAGCACCUUUUGGACGACCAUGUCAACGAGACCCGGCAGCUCAACGCGCAAUUUGAGAAAACGCGCGGGCUCCUCCACGAACAGCAGCAAGUUUUGAUCGCCAAGGUGCGCGAGUGGGAAGCGGCGUACGCGCGUCGCGAUAGCCGCGUCGAGGACGUCAACCGCAUUUCCGAGCUCGAGCAAGAGGUCGCGACCAAAGAUGCACUCGUACAGCAGACGGUCGAGGAGAUGGCGUACAUCAAGCGGGAGCUCCUCAACCGCGAGGACGUGUACAACAAGACGUUUGGCCGAAGCCCAAACGUGGGUGUGCUCCAAGUGCUCAAGCCCACGACACUGACGGCGACUCCGCCGAGCCUUGGCCCGCCACCAAAGCUCAACCGAAAAACCAAACCCCAAAGCUUCUCGGCGCUAACGUCCGGCCCCAAACCGCUGCCGCCCAUUGGCGCGUCCAACCAGCAGCCUAGCUACCGCGACCUCAACCAUCUUCAAUAAUACUAUUAGUUGUAAGGGAGUUGAAUGAAGUGCGACAUAUUGU